CCAACAUCUCCACUCCAACACUAUAAUCACCUCAAACGAACACCACGACCAAUUCACUCGCUCAAUCAACAAGAAGAACCCACAACAAAAAAGAAAGACAAACCAAAGCCCAACCAGAAAUAGAAACACCACAACCACCCAAGAAAGAACCCAAAAAUGUCUACCCCGGAGGACCCCCAUUCACAACCUGAAGACCAAUCCUUCCAACAACAACAACAACAACAACCAACAAUACAAAACCGGCUCCCAGUCCACACCCACCACUGCCGCUUCUGCAACCACCUCCUCCUAGCAACAACCCGCGACAUCUCCUCCCUCCCGCGCCGCAAAGACCCAGCCCAAGACAAAGCCAUCAUCCUCCCCCUCCCAACAUCAAGCACCGCUGAGGACUCAGACCCCAACCAACAAGAACAUUACACCAUCCUCCUUUCGACAACGGUACCGGAUCGCAAGGCGACUCUCGUACGGCGCGAGGACGGCUUCGAGAAGAGGUUGUUUCUGCGGUGUGGACGCUGUCGGGUUGUUGUGGGGUAUUUCUUGGAUGGGGUGCUUUUUCCGAUGACAUCUGUCGCUGCUUCUGCUUCUAGGGAUGAUGGGGAGGCAGAAGAGGGGGAAAGGAAGGAGAAGGUCGUUUAUUUGCUUCCGGGGGCGUUGGUGGAGACAGGGUUUAUGGGGGAUGAGGGCAGGUUGAAGGGGGUUGAUGAUGAGUGGAGGGGGUGGAGGGCGGAGGUUUAG